GUCUUCCGGCCCGCCUCCGCCGCGCCGACCCGAACCUGCCUCGCGGACUGAAGGCGGGACUUGGGGCGGUGGCGGGGGCGCGGCGCGGCGACGGAGCUGAGGCGAGGGCUGAGUGUGCGGCUGCUCGGACGCUCGGCAUGGCUCUCCCCGUGAUCGGUCUGGUGGCCUGUACCUUCUUUCUAUCGGUGAAUGGGCUGUAUUCCUCUAGUGAUGAUGUCAUUGAAUUAACUCCAUCGAAUUUCAACCAAGAAGUUAUUCAGAGUAAUAGUUUGUGGCUUGUAGAAUUCUAUGCUCCAUGGUGUGGCCACUGUCAGAGGUUAACACCAGAGUGGAAGAAAGCAGCUAGUGCUUUAAAAGGUGUUGUGAAAGUUGGCGCAGUGAAUGCAGAUAAGCACCAGUCCCUGGGAGGUCAGUACGGUGUCCAGGGAUUUCCUACCAUCAAGAUUUUUGGAUCCAACAAAAAUAGAGCAGAGGAUUAUCAGGGUGGCAGGACUAGUGAAGCCAUAGUCGAUGCUGCUCUCACUGCUUUGCGCCAACUGGUGAAAGAUCGCCUUGCUGGCAGGGAUGGUGGGUACAGUUCUGGAAAACAAGGAAGAAGUGAAAGUUCAAGUAAGAAAGAUGUGAUUGAGCUGACAGAUGACAACUUUGAUACGAAUGUUCUUGACAGUGAAGAUGUUUGGAUGGUUGAGUUUUAUGCUCCAUGGUGUGGACACUGCAAGAACCUGGAGCCAGAAUGGGCUGCUGCAGCUACUGAAGUAAAAGACCAGACAAAAGGAAAAGUGAAACUAGCCGCUGUGGAUGCUACAGUUAAUCAGGUUCUAGCCAGCCGAUAUGGGAUUAGAGGAUUUCCUACAAUCAAGAUAUUUCAGAAAGGCGAGUCCCCCAUGGAUUAUGAUGGAGGAAGAACAAAGUCUGACAUAGUUUCACGGGCCCUCGAUUUGUUUUCUGAUAACGCCCCCCCUCCUGAGCUGCUUGAGAUCGUCAAUGAGGACAUAGCCAAGAAGACAUGUGAGGAACACCAGCUCUGUGUUGUGGCUGUGCUGCCUCAUAUUCUCGAUACUGGAGCUACAGGCAGAAAUUCUUAUUUGGAAGUUCUUCUGAAGUUAGCAGACAAAUACAAGAAAAAAAUGUGGGGAUGGCUGUGGACAGAAGCUGGAGCCCAGUCUGACCUUGAGAAUGCGCUGGGCAUUGGAGGCUUUGGAUACCCUGCCAUGGCUGCCAUCAAUGCUCGCAAGAUGAAAUUUGCUCUUCUAAAAGGCUCAUUCAGUGAGCAAGGCAUUAACGAGUUUCUCAGAGAGCUCUCUUUUGGGCGUGGAUCUACAGCACCUGUAGGAGGUGGGACUUUCCCUACCAUCAGCACCAGAGAACCUUGGGAUGGCAAGGAUGGCGAGCUUCCUGUGGAAGAUGACAUUGACCUCAGUGAUGUGGAACUGGAUGACUUUGAAAACGAUGAGUUGUAAGAGGCUCAGCAUAGAUGUCAGUUUUCUUUUCUUGGGAGUGGAUUUGUCCAGCAGUGCCAGAAAAUUCUUCAGGGACAUGACUCUACCAGUGACCUUUUUAACCAAGAAGUAGCACGUGAUCAGUCAUUUGAGAACACUGCAACAGUGAACUUUUGCCUCUCAAGAAAACAGUGAAAAAUUCUAUGAAUUGUAACCAGUGAAUUGGGUUGUAUUCUGCUGAGUGAGAUUUUGAAGGAAACUAAUGGGCAGUUGAAACACGUUUCCUCUGACUGCUGCUUGGAUGUCCUUGGAAGUUGUUUCUUAUAUAAGUUUUUUUAUGUGAUUAUUUCAUUUGAAUAUUAAUGGCUUUUUCCAUUAAAGAAUAAAACAAUAUUUUGGACAAUGCCAAUAAA